AGCUCGGCAGGGGAGGAGCCGGAGCUGCGCCCGGGGCAGGGGGUUGGAGGAAGCGGAAAGGGCCGGUGCAGCAGCCUCAGCUGCCCUUCCGUGCCCGGGCCCGCUGCUCCUGCAGCUCCGCGCCGGAGAUGGCCGCUGCCAGGCUGCUGCAGGCGGUGGUACCAAGGUUUCGCUGCCUGGGGUCCCUGGGGAAAGCUGCUCCCAGUACCUCACAGCUCAGCAGUCGGCUUUAUGGAACUCUUCUUGCCCCGGAAGCGAAUCAGCAGGUGGACCCCACUGUUAUUAAUGACAAGCUUAUAACUGAGCCUCUCAGACACCCGGACUUCUUCAACGUGAAGGAGCUCUUCUCCCUGAAAGAGCUCUUUGAUGCCAGAGUGCACUUGGGGCAUAAAAAAGGUUGCCGUCACAGGUUUAUGGAGCCGUAUAUCUUUGGCUGCCGCCUUGAUCAGGACAUUAUAGACUUGGAUCAGACGAUGAAACAUCUGCAGCUGGCUCUGAACUUCACAGCCCAUGUCGCCUACCGCAAAGGGAUCAUCCUCUUCAUCUGCCGCAACCGUCAGUUCGGCCACCUGGUGGAGGUCACGGCCAGGGACUGUGGGGAGUACGCCCACACCCGCUACUGGCAGGGGGGCCUGCUGACCAAUGCCCACGUCCAGUAUGGGACCGGGAUUCGCCUGCCCGACCUCCUCAUCUUCAUCAGCACCCUGAACAACGUCUUCGAGCCGCACGUGGCCGUUCGGGAUGCCGCCAAGAUGAACAUCCCCACUGUGGGAGUGGUGGACACUAAUUGCAACCCCUCCAUCAUCACGUACCCCAUCCCUGGGAACGACGACAGCCCCCUGGCGGUGGAGCUCUACUGCAAGCUCUUUAAGAUGACCAUUACCCGGGCAAAGAACAAAAGGAAGCAGAUGGAGGUUUUGUAUGGACUGCAAAAGAAAGCUGACAGCAGUUAGGUCAGCCUCGUGCUCUUACUAGCCCCAGUGGAAAAUCUGCUAGUUCAUCCAUACCAUGAUGGUGUUCAGUACUCAGCAGGCUUCUUUGACUUGCAUAGGGCUUGGGAGGGAGGGAGGGGAUGGGAAUGCUGGCUCCCACCUUAGCUCUGUACAGGUCUGAUCCAGCUCCCAUUGAAGGCAGUGGAAAUAUUAACAUGAACUUCAAUGAGAAUUGGAUUGGGUCCAAGGAGAGAGGUCCCUGGCCUAGUCCUGAGGAGGAAAUCCCAUGGUGAUGGCAGCCCCCGCUCUGCUGUCACACAUCUGUGCUCAUCUGUGAUUCUUAACUUGCCAAACAAACAAAAAA